CGUUGCUGCAAGUUCUUCCAGUGGUCCCAGGGCUCAGGGGCAGCCCAGGACUCUCCCUUGCCCGGCUCACGGCCCUGCCUGGGGGGCGCCUCCGGGAGCAGUUCGCGGGCCCUGGGGCCUGGCCGUCAGGAGCGUCUAGCUCGGCGGUCACCCCAAUGCCGGGCGGACCCUGGAGACGCGCCCCGGGCGGCACUACUCAGAGCUUCCUCCCAAGGCCCAGGAACGCGGCGCUGUAGGGAUGUGCGCGGUGGCCACACCGCUGGCCGGGUUCCCAAAGCGGGCCCCGUUCCCACUUCCCACCCCAGCCCCAAAGACUGGCCCAGUUCCGCGCCCUGGGCCCAGCCCCCGCGCUUUGUGUGCGAGCACCGCACCGCCCCGGGCCCAGCUCCGCCUUGGGGCACCUCUCUGUCUGCCCCUCCGUGCCCGACUACAUUGCUCCCCCUCCAGCGGGGGACUCAGCCCGGUCCAUCGCGGCGGCUUCCAGGGCGGCAGGCUCCGGAGGGACUCCCGAGGCCGGCUCCAGGGACUGUUCCCCUCCUCCCCACGCCCACCGCGGCGGGCGGGAGCGGCGACGUAGGGCCAGGGUCCGGAGCGGCGGAGGCUCCGGACCUGGGAGCAGGUGCCCCCAUCUGGCAACGCGAGGAUGUUGGCGGCGGAGUCGGCUGCCUUGGAGUCUCAAGGCACAGGGGACGCGAGGCACAGAGGUCCCACAGCAGUCACUGCCGCUCCCGCAGCUGCUCCGCCUCCGCUGCCCGCCCCCCCGCGCUGCACCUGGCGUGAUGGCAGCUCUGGACGCUCCACUGCAGCCAUCAUUAGCCUUGUGAAAUAGGUACUACCUUACCAAAUGAGGAAACUGAGGCAGAGACAUGUAAUUUGCCCAAAGUUACUAAGCUAGUAAGUGACAAAGCUAGAAUUCAAGACCAAGAAGUCUAGCUUCCACGCUCUUAACUUCCAACCAUGGUGACACCUCAAACAACUUCAGACAAAAAGGCCAGGAGACAGCAUAUUUCAGAGCUUAAUAAACAUUAUAAUUAGCUGUCAAAUUAAGUAUCAAUCCAGGGCACAGAACUUAAAAGAAAUCAGAGUAUGGCUAUGGGAACAAGACAACAGGAUUUUAAUAAAUUUUACCUCUUAGUUCUAGUUUCUUUGUUCAUAUGGAAAUCGUUACUGAAACUGUACUUUAAGGAUAUGCUUGUUGCAAAUCAUUAGCUGUGUCACUGACCAAGAGUGUUUAUUCCUGAAAUACUAACUGAUUGUCUACUAUCUGCCAGGCACAAUAUCUCAUGCUAUAAUACAAAAUUAAACAAAAUAGGAUUCCUCCCUUAGAAAAACUCACCGCAGAGUAAAAUAAAAAGAUACACUUCUGGGUCAUUAUAAUGAUCAGGUGCUCAAGUUAUUUAUUGCCCCGGUGGACUGGAGAUACAAUGGCCUUCUCAAGUUUUGGGGUAUUACACUCAAAUUCAUAUGUGAUACUGGAGAAAGGGCCUAAUUACAACUAAAAAUGGAUUUCCCACCAGCCUGGUGGCAUGGGAAUCUUGGAAUUAAAAUUACGUAGAAUUUUUUAAAGUGACGUAUCUUCUACAUCUGAUUUUGUGAACUGAAGUUUAUUCUUUCCAGGAAAGCAUAUGGAUACAUGACAGGAAAUGAAAUGGAGACUUGUUGGGGUCAGUUUUAUAUAGAGUUUGUAUUUUAUUUUGAAAUAUGCUAUGGUGCUAUUCUCUUGCAUUUUCUUAUAUGUGACUCACCACCAACCCUAUAUUCCCCCAUUUCAGGCCAGUUGGUCAUAAGCAUCCAUUUGCCUCAGAGAAUAUUGGGAUGUUAUGACAAGAAUACA